AUGUUCCGCAACGCCCUAGCGACGCGGACGUUCAGCACGGCGGCGGCGGCGUCGCGUCGGCUGCAGCUGCCGUCGGUGGCGGCGCUCGCUGCCCGCAACGGGUGGGACCUUGCUGCGGUCCUGGACAAUGUCGAGGGAACCGGCCACCACGGGACGGUGACCAAGGGCGAUGUGUUGGCGUAUACUGCUGCUGGUGGCGCAUUUCCCGCGGCGAGCGUGUCCGCCAGCCCCAGCGAGGCCGCGGGUGCGAGCUCGGGCGCGGCCGCUGCCGGCUCCUCGCUGGAGCUGUUCUUUGCCUCGCGUGAUGUGGGGCUUGCCACGGGCUUCCGUGUUGUCGACACACCGGCCAAGGCGCUGCCAGAGGCCGACCGGCACGCCGACGUGGCUGUGAGCGGCGCGCAGGCUGCGCAUGCCGCGGCAGCGGUGGCGGCCAAGGCUGCCGCGCCGACCGUCUACGCCACCGCCGCACCCGACGUGCAGCCGGUCGCCGACCUGCUGGGCCUAGACCUGCCGACGCUGCUUGCCGGCGCCGAGACCGGCGCGCCGCUGCCGCCGCGACUGGCGCGGCUGCUGGUGGUUGCCGCUGCUCAAGCGCUCCGCUCGCACCCGGCGCUCAACGCACACUGGGACGACGCGGCCGGCGCGCCGGUCACAUGCCGCGACGUCAACGUCCUCUUUCAUCAUGUCGCUGACCCGCACGGUCCGGUCCGUGUCUCAUCGGCCCUCAUUCCCAAGGCGCAAGCUGCGCCGCUGGCCACCGUCGACCGCAUCGUCGACGACGCUGCGCCGUCAGCCGAGAUGCCGACCUUUGCCAUCGCCUCGCUCACCCCGCUCCCGGUGACGUCGGCCCUACUCUCGGUCCCGCCGCCGGCCGUCGCCGUCCUCUCGCUCGGCACGCUCACGGCGUCGGUCGAGCCGGCAAAGGACCCGACUUCGGGGGCGCUCGCCCUCCGCCGCCGCGAUUCUGUCCAGCUGGCCAUCACCGCCGACGCCCGCGCCGUCGAUGCUGCCGAGCUCAACGCGUUCCUCGACACCCUCACCCGUGCCCUUGCCAACCCCAUCCAGCUCCUGAUGUGA